CAUUCGUUCCCAGCUAUUCUUAGGAGCCUCUCAGGAGCUCCACCAGCCUGGCCAGACAGCAAGGGACAGAGCAGAGACUGCCGCUGUCAGCACCAGCAUGUCUUACAGCGUGACCCUGACCGGGCCCGGGCCCUGGGGCUUCCGUCUCCAGGGAGGCAAGGACUUCAACAUGCCUCUCACUAUCUCCCGGAUCACACCGGGGAGCAAGGCCGCCCAGUCCCAGCUCAGCCAGGGUGACCUCGUGGUGGCCAUCGAUGGAGUCAACACAGACACCAUGACCCACCUGGAAGCUCAGAACAAGAUCAAGUCUGCUAGCUACAACCUGAGUCUCACGCUGCAGAAGUCAAAACGCCCCAUCCCCAUCUCCACAACAGCACCCCCGGUCCAGUCCCCUCUGCCGGUGAUCCCCCACCAGAAGGACCCCGCUCGGGACACGAACGGCAGCCCAGCGGCACUCAGCCCCAACCCUGAGGCGAGGGCAAGUCUGGGCACCCUGGGCACCCCGGAGCUCAGGCACACGUUUAGCUCCUUCUCCCAGACCUCCGUCUUCUCCUCACACACGGAGGCCUCUGAGCCCGGCCCUCCGCGGGGCAGCCCAGGGGCCAAGACCAGCCUGGAGGGAGCCCUGGACUCACUCAGCCCGAAAGCCCCGCAGGGCUCAAGCCAGCCAAGGCAGUAUAACAACCCCAUUGGCCUGUACUCAGCAGAGACCCUGAGGGAGAUGGCUCAGAUGUAUCAGAUGAGCCUCCGAGGGAAGGCCUCAGGUGCUGGACUCCCAGGAGGCGCGGACUACCAGGAACGGUUCAACCCCAGCGCCCUGAAGGACUCUGCCCUGUCCACCCACAAGCCCAUUGAGGUGAAGGGGCUGGGCGGCAAGGCCACCAUCAUCCAUGCGCAGUACAACACACCCAUCAGCAUGUACUCCCAGGAUGCCAUUAUGGACGCCAUUGCUGGGCAGGCCCAGGCCCAGGGCAGUGACUUCAGUGGGAGCCUUCCUAUUAAAGACCUUGCCGUGGACAGCGCCUCCCCCGUGUACCAGGCCGUGAUUAAGAACCAGAACAAGCCGGAAGACGAGGCUGAGGAGUGGGCCCGACGCUCCUCCAACCUGCAGUCUCGCUCUUUCCGCAUCUUGGCCCAGAUGACCGGGACAGAAUACAUGCAAGACCCUGAUGAAGAAGCUUUACGACGGUCAAGGCCCCAGGCCUCUGCCUACAGUCCCGCCAAGGCGACCUCUCCAGCACCUGCCACUCAUACAUACAAUGAGGCCUCAGCUGCCCCUACGCCCAAGCCCCGGGUUGUCACCACCGCCAGCAUCCGGCCUUCUGUCUACCAGCCAGUGCCGGUGUCCACGUACAGCCCAUCCCCAGGGGCCAAUUAUAGUCCAGCUCCCUACACCCCCUCGCCUGCCCCCACCUACUCCCCUUCCCCGGCUCCAAGCUACACCCCCUCACCAGCCCCAAGCUAUAACCCUGCCCCCUCAGCGGCCUACAGCGGGGGCCCUGUGGAGUCUGCCAGCCGUCCCCCAUGGGUGUCAGAUGACAGCUUCUCUCAGAAGUUUGCCCCGAGCAAGAGUACCACCUCCAUCAGCAAGCAAACCCUGCCCCGAGGGACCCCUGCCUACACCCCUGCGGGGCCCCAAGUGUCUCCCCUGGCCAGGGGCAUCGUUCAGCGGGCUGAGCGUUUCCCAGCCAGCAGCCGGACUCCGCUCUGUGGCCACUGUAAUAACGUCAUCAGGGGCCCCUUUCUGGUAGCCAUGGGCCGUUCCUGGCACCCAGAAGAGUUCAACUGUGCCUAUUGCAAGACCUCCCUGGCGGACAUGUGCUUCGUAGAGGAACAGAACAAUGUGUACUGUGAGCGCUGUUACGAGCAGUUCUUUGCCCCAAUCUGUGCCAAGUGCAACACCAAAAUCAUGGGGGAAGUGAUGCAUGCGCUGAAACAGACAUGGCAUACCACCUGUUUCGUCUGCGCAGCUUGCAAAAAACCCUUCGGGAACAGCCUCUUCCACAUGGAAGAUGGGGAGCCCUACUGUGAGAAAGACUACGUCAAUCUGUUCAGCACCAAGUGUCAUGGCUGUGAUUUCCCCGUGGAGGCCGGUGACAAGUUUAUUGAAGCCCUGGGACACACCUGGCAUGACACCUGCUUCAUCUGCGCAGUCUGCCACGUGAAUCUGGAGGGGCAGCCUUUCUACUCCAAGAAGGACAGACCCCUGUGCAAGAAGCACGCACACGCCAUCAACGUGUAGGGAGCCCGGAGCGUCUGAUGCGGACAGGCCGGGAGCCGCUCCUGCCGCUGGCAACAAAGGAUUCAAGGAGGCUGAUGUUUCUUUUGGGGGAAAGGGGGAAGACAGGAAGCUACUGAGCCCUUUUGAAGUAUAAUUUUAGUCCUUCCUUCUGCACACAGAUCGUGUAUUUGCAUAGUUCAGACUAGAAGCCAAAUGAAGAUUCCU